ACCCUGGCGACGGCAAAAGAGAUGCUAUUCUGUUAAGGCUGUCCACGGCAGACAGCGUGUAUUACUCUAGAAGAGACAGUUUCAACCAGAGCGUUAAUAAUUCCAGUUAGUUUUGUUCUGUUCAUACAUUACCUGUCGCAGCAGUCGACAUUGACGAUUCUCACCUUUCCAGGUGAAAUGAACUUACAGAUGAAGAACAGUGUUUUCUCUCUCGUCCUAAUUGCAGUACUGGCAGUGGGAGCUGAUGGGGCGUCGUGUGACGAGUGUUGGGCGACUUACGAUGCUGCAACCAAGACAUGCCCUGUUGCCUAUGCCUUCAUUACGUGUAUGGAGGAUGCCGUAAAUCCCGGAUGUCCAACAACGGGUCUCAACAUGGCUUCGUUUAUUGGACAAAUUGGAGGCUGUGCUCAGACCGCCCUGUGUACCUGUCAAAAAGACCACCUCCUUCGGUGGUCCCAGGGUACACCCAGUCUAUGCGAGAGUGAGAAGCAGAAACUUGGAUGUAUUGGUGGAGUGACAGAUGCGGCGUGCGACACCACUACCAAAGGCCACACUAUAGCCACUUCCACAGAAACAGACAUCAAUGCUAUUGGAGGCUGUGCAGCAGGGUUCACGGACACGUGUCAGUGUGAGAAGACUUACGCCCUCGCGGAUAUCUCCGUCACGACCACCAGAUGCACUGUAAAGAAAACGUUUGUGGAUUGCCUCAAAGACAAAACUGCUGCGACUUGUAAGGCGAGUGAAACAGUUAUCUCCCUUGCAACAACUGUUGGUAGUACCAUCGGAACUGAUUGUACAGGUUUCACUUCCUCAGCCUGUUCCUGUGAGCUGGAGUAUGCCAAGGCUGACAUAUCCUCGGACGCAAACAUAUGCACCGCUCAACUGAAUCUGGUAUCCUGCCUGAAGGGUAAGACGGGUGCAGGAUGUAUAGGGGGCACCACCCACUCCCUGGCCACCACCGCCUUCGACACCACCAUCCCUGCUAUCGCCUCAUGUGCUAAAACUGAUACCUGUACAUGCGAGGCCACGUAUGCGAAGACUGACAUCUCAUCUGAUCAUUGCAGUGCGAUGAAGACCUUUGUGAACUGCCUGAAAGACAAAUCAGAAGCUACUUGCAAAAGUGGCGACACAGUCAUAAGCCUCGCAACUGCUAUUGAAACUCCAAUCGGGACUGGGUGUACAGAUUUUGCUACAUCAGCUUGUUCCUGUGAGUUGGGGUAUGCCAAGGCUGAUGUGUCCUUACCGGCCGCUAGAUGCACGGCUCAACUGAAUCUGGUAUCCUGCCUGAAGGGGAAGACAGGUGCUGGGUGUACUGCUGGCACAGCCAGCACCUUGGCCACCACCGCCGUCGACACCACCAUCCCUGCUAUCGUCUCAUCAGGAACUGCCUGUGCUCUGACGGUCACCUGUACAUGCGAGGCUAACUACGCCAAGGCUGACAUUUCUUCCGAUACUAAUCACUGCACUGCGAUGAAGACCUUUGUGAACUGCCUGAAAGACAAAACAGAAGCUACUUGCAAAAGUGGCGACACAGUCAUCAGCCUCGCAACUGCUAUUGAAACUCCAAUCGGGACUGGGUGUACAGAUUUUGCUACAUCAGCUUGUUCCUGUGAGUUGGGGUAUGCCAAGGCUGAUGUGUCCUUACCGGCCGCUAGAUGCACGGCUCAACUGAAUCUGGUAUCCUGCCUGAAGGGGAAGACAGGUGCUGGGUGUACUGCUGGCACAGCCAGCACCUUGGCCACCACCGCCGUCGACACCACCAUCCCUGCUAUCGUCUCAUCAGGAACUGCCUGUGCUCUGACGGACACCUGUACAUGCGAGGCUAACUACGCCAAGGCUGUCAUUUCAUCGGAUGCUAAUCACUGCACAGCACUUGGGACAUUUGUGGCGUGUCUGAAGACAAAGACUGUUACUGGCUGCAUGGGCACUUCAGUGACGGCUCUCGGCCUUUCCGCAGAGACAGCAUACGGUACCCUGUCAUCUCAGUGCGCUAUUACCACCAAAACGUGUGGCUGUGAAGUUGCCUAUGUCAAGAUGCCAUACUCUUCAGAUGGCGAGAAGUGCACAGCUGAGAUGACUCUCGUGUCGUGUCUCAAAGGUAAAGAGCCCGCAGAUAUGAGUUGUGAUGGUGCAUCCACUUCUAUUGCCCUAGCAACUACAGCAGGGGGACAAUUUGGCACAAUUACGUCUUGUUCUCCAACUGACACAUGCACGGCUUGCGAGCUGGGGUAUGCUAAGGCUACCAUCAACGAUCCUACAAACAAGUGCUCGGCUUUGGCAGCAUAUAUUGGAUGUCUGCGAACAAAAACAGCGGCUGGCUGUGUGAGCACCGACACUGUGUCCACCUUAGCGGCAACAGCUGAAACAGAUUUCAAGGCCACCAGCUGCACUGUAACACCCACGUGUCAGUGUGAGAUUGACUAUGCCAAGGCAACCAGAACGUCGGACGCCGAUAAAUGCACCGCAAGUAAGACUCUCGUAAAAUGCUUGGAAGGGAAGACCGAUGUAUCGUGUGAUACUACUACAAAGCCUUCAGAUCUUGCAGAGAUGGCGGAGACUACAAUGACAGGCAUCGCUAGCUGUCUUUCCGACACGUGCCAGUGUGAGGUCGAUUACGUCAAAGCAGACCACACGGUUUCAGGAAACAUUUGCGGAGCAAAGACAGACUUCGUGGAUUGUAUGUCCCAGUCAUUUGCAGUAGGCUGCGACGGAAGUAAACGACAUGUCAUUGCCCAAGCCUUGGACUUAGCCGCAUGCCCUGCACGCUCGGGUGUAUGCGCCUGUCAGGAGACAUAUGCCAAGGUAGACAACACGGACCUGACUGCCCAUUGCACCGCAAUUAAGGCUCAUCUGGACUGCUUGAACACUGAGGUUGCUACAGCAGCCUGCAAGGCAGCUACAACUGUCCAGACACUGGCAGCUCUCAUGGAAACACAGAGAGGGACGACGUCCGGCUGUGCCACCCUGACGUCAACUUGUCAAUGUCAAGUCAAUUACCUGAAACACACACGCUCAAAUGAUCCAGAAACGUGCACCGCUAGCAAGGUGCGGCUGGAUUGUCUGAUGACGGCAAAGGACAAUGCAUGUGAUGGCACAACUCCAAGGAACACCCUUGUCACGGCUGUAAAAACACCUCCAACCUCUUGCACGUUCAUGGCUACCUGCACUGGUUGCAUGAUUCCUUAUGGCGAGGCUGCAUAUACAGAUGCUACGGCUCAUUGUGGGUCGCUGAAAACAUUAAUGCAAUGCCUUGAUGACAAAACAAUCUUCACCGACACCGGCUGUGAUGACACCAAGACCAUAAGUGUGCUCGUAAACAGCUUUUCUUCAGAUGUGGCGGCAUGUACAUUGUCUGCAACUUGUACAUGCCAGGUGAAUUACAUGAAAUCUCCGGGAGCAACAGCCGCCGAUAAAUGCACAGCUUUAACAACUAAGAUGCAUUGUCUCGACAAAACUGCGGAGACCUCUUGUGACGGCACCAAGCGAAGAGAUGAAGUCGCUACUGCAGUUGAUACAGCCAUUGUUGAUGGCGGCACUAUACCGUUAUCGGCAUCAUGUAGAACAGAUAUCACGGCUACAUGCGACUGCCAAACAACUUACGCCAAAACUAACCCGACUGGAGACUGUGCGGCUUUGUACGCGAAAAUCGAGUGUAUUGUUGGGGGUAAAACUUCUGCCUGUUUGACGAGCGAGAAACCAGUCGCAGUCGCCACUGAAACCGUCAGUGAUAUAAACACCCUCGGAGCCAGUUGUACAGGCACGGAGAAGGAUACCUGUACCUGCCAGAAAACAUUAGCCCUAGUGGAUAUCCUGCUUGGAGAUACACAACAUUGCACUGCUCUAGUGGCAGCGCUGUUGUGUCUGAAGGGGAAGACGAACACUGGCUGUAAUGUGGCGACAGUGGACGGGCUGGACGUCCAGUGGAAGAAGGAUAUAGAUACAAUCGGUACAACAAACUGCGCUCAGUCCGAUACAUGCGUCUGUGAGGUAGCCUACGCAAAGUCUGAUUUGUCCGAUCUGCAAAAGAAAUGCGAUGCGUGGCUAGUAGAGUUAGGCUGUCUAAGAACAACAACUGCUGUAGGUUGUGACGGAUCCUCAACAAAAGCGGAGAUCGACACAGCAAUCAAAACAAAAAUGAACGCUGCAACAUCGGUUGGCGGUGCAACUAGCGACAAAUGUACUACCAAUCCAGUUUGCCUAUGUGAAAUCGCUUACGCUGUUGCCCUCAAAGAUACCGAUGCAAACAAAUGCACCGCUUUGAAAACCUACGUGUCAUGUUUGGCUGGCGAGACAGUCAGUGGUUGUGACGGCACUACAAAGCCAUGGGACUUGGCUGCAGCUGCUAAGUCUUCCCUUGACACUAUCGGUACCACUAACUGUCCUUUGACUACAACGUGUUUAUGUGAAAUAGACUAUGCAUCGACUGUCAUCGACGAUGACACUAAAAAGUGCAGCGCUCUGAAGACCAACUUGGACUGUGUUAUUAAGUCAUCAACUGCAUCGUGUGAUGGAACGGCUCGUCACACCUAUGCCGGUAGUAUUAAGAGCGCCAUGGAUGGUACAACAGGCUGCCCUGCCACUUAUGCAAGUGCCGGAAUUUGUAAAGAUUGUGUGAUUCCUUUUGCCCCAGCAGCAACAACAUGCACUACACUAGGGACUUAUUACCAGUGCCUGUACGAUACGACAGAUACUACCGGAUGCGGGGGUUCUAAGACCAUCAAAACACUGGUUGAGGACCAGGCAACGCAUGAAACAGAUUUACCGUGCACCCUUGAAGACGUGUGCCAAUGUCAGGUCAACUUCAUGAAGUCGUCAUCUGUCCUGUGCGAUUCUCUGAAAGUAGUGAUGAACUGCCUCUGGGCGUGCUCCUCUACAGCCUGUGAUGGAACUGCCAAGAGAAACAGCGUGGCCACAACAGCUAAUGCAAAAAUAGAUCCAACUUGUACAGGAUCAUUGUCUGAGGUUUGCAAGUGCCAAAUCGCUUACACAAUAGUUGACCCGACCACCGACCACUGUGGGGAGUUAAAGAAACAGUUUGCAUGUCUGGAGGGGAAAACUGGAACAGGUUGUGAAACGAGUAGAACCCUGAAACUGGUGGCUGAAGGAGGGAAUACAAAGUUUGGGACCGAUUCUUGUGCUGCAGGAGCAACAGCCGCUUGUGAAUGCCAGAUAGCGUAUUUGAUCGCCGAUGUCACUGGAGCCAACAAGUGCACAGAGACGGAGAAGAAGAUAGCAUGUUUGUAUGCAACAACAACAGCGAGCUGUGAUGCCGCCGUCCCGAGAACGACCAUCAUGUCCAACACAGACAACACUUGCAGUAAAACAAGUAGCUGUUCUUGCCAGAGAGCAUACGGUAUUGACACAACCAGCGCAAAUGAGUGCACCGCCCAAAAAGGCGUGGUUACAUGUCUGAGGUCGACAACUGACACUGGAUGCACAGGAGAGACUGCCUUCACCAAGACAAGAACUCAACUCGGCUCCGGUCUAGAGACGUAUCUUCAAUCAGGCACAUGUAGUGCGGGUUUGACUGACACCUGUCAGUGCCAGAUUGACUACGCCAAGGCAUCAGUGGAUCCUGCAGCCAACAAAUGCACGGCUCUGAAGGCCCUCAUUGUGUGUUUGGCUGACAAGACAGCCGCGGCUUGUGAUGGAUCCACGUUACCUUCAGCGUUGGCGGAUGCUGCACACACAGACAUAAAGGCCGACACUGCUUGUGUUGUUUCAAGCACAUGCGAAUGUGAAAUCGCUUAUGCAAAGACAGACAUAUCCUCCAAUAAAUGCACCGCUCAGCGAACCAAGAUGGAGUGCCUGUACAAAUCUGAAACCCUGGGCUGUGAUGGAACAACUAAGAGGAAUGCUUUGGUUGAUGGUUUCAAGGCUGAUUUGGUAUCAGGAGCUUGUGCUGCUGAAACGUCCGAUGUCUGCAAACUCUGUAUGAUCCCUUAUGCAGCAGUAGACCCCGCUGGAGAUAAAUGCGGCGCCCUGAAGACAUUUCUUGGUUGUUUGGACACGAAGACAGCAUCUUUAACAAGCUGUGACGUUUCACAAACCAUCAUUCAGCUUGCUACAGCUGCUAACCAAGCGGUGACGGACACGGCAUCCUGUACCGCUACGGACACUUGCAGCUGUACAGUUGUCUACUUGAAAACUGCAAGAGCUGAUGAUACUGCGGAAUGCAGUGCUUUAAAGACCAAGAUGGACUGCCUUGUGACGACAACUGGUAUUGCAUGUGAUGGAACAGCCCGCCACACCUAUGCGGGUACUGUUAGUACAGCCAUGGAUGGUGUCACGUCCUGCCCUUCCACCUAUCCUUCUGGGUCUAUAUGCAAGGAAUGUGUGAUUCCAAUGGCAACAACAGCUGCAACAUGCGCGGCCUUGGAGACAUACUACCACUGUUUGUACACGGCGGCAGGCACUACCAGCUGUGAUGGUUCUAAAAAUAUAAAAACACUCGCCGAUGACCAAGCCACGCAAGAUAACUCUUUAUCAUGCAUUUCACCUCGCCGGGACGUGUGCACCUGUCAGGUCGCCUUCUUGAAAUCCACAGCUGCACUAUGCGACUCUCUAAAAGUUCUGAUGAACUGUCUGUGGGCUGGAACAGCUACUGGUUGUGAUAAUACUGCUACGAGAAAUGCUGUGGCGACAACAGCUGAUGGGAAAAUAGAUACUACAUGUAGAGGCACAUUAAGUGAUGUUUGUGUAUGCCAGGUCGCCUACGCCAAAGCGGACAUGACCACUGGUCACUGCGCCGCUCUGAUUGCACAGUUUGCAUGUCUGGAGAGCAAAACUGGAACAGGUUGUGAAGCAAGCAGAACCCUGAAACAGGUGGCUGAAGAAGGGAACACAAAGUUUGGAAGUGGAACGUGUUCAACGACAGACACAUGCGUAUGUCAAAAGGCUUAUUUGAUUGCCGACGUUAGCGGGGCAAACAAAUGCACAGAGACGGAGAAGAAGAUAGCCUGUUUGUAUGCAACAACAACAGCGAGCUGUGAUUCCGCCGUCCCGAGAACGACCAUCAUGUCCAACACAGACGACACUUGCAGUAAAACAAGUAGCUGCUCCUGCCAGAGAGCAUACGGUAUUGACACAACCAGCGCCGACGAGUGCGCCGCCCAAAAAGGCGUGGUUACAUGUCUGAGGUCGACAACUGACACUGGAUGCACAGGAGAGACUGCCUUCACCAAGACAAGAGCUCAACUCGGCACAGAUCUAGAGACGUAUCUUCAAUCAGGCACAUGUAGUGCGGGCUUGACUGACACCUGUCAGUGCCAGAUUGACUACGCCAAGGCAUCAGUGGAUCCUGCAGCCAACAAAUGCACGGCUCUGAAGGCCCUCAUUGUGUGUUUGGCUGACAAGACAGCCGCGGCUUGUGAUGGAUCCACGUUACCUUCAGCGUUGGCGGAUGCUGCACACACAGACAUAAAGGCCGACACUGCUUGUGUUGUUUCAAGUACAUGCGAAUGUGAAAUCGCUUAUGCAAAGACAGACAUAUCCUCCAAUAAAUGCACCGCUCAGCGAACCAAGAUGGAGUGCCUGUACAAAUCUGAAACCCUGGGCUGUGAUGGAACAACUAAGAGGAAUGCUUUGGUUGAUGGUUUCAAGGCUGAUUUGGUAUCAGGAGCUUGUGCUGCUGAAACGUCCGAUGUCUGCAAACUCUGUAUGAUCCCUUAUGCAGCAGUAGACCCCGCUGGAGAUAAAUGCGGCGCCCUGAAGACAUUUCUUGGUUGUUUGGACACGAAGACAGCAUCUUUAACAAGCUGUGACGGUUCACAAACCAUCAUUCAGCUUGCUACAGCUGCUGACCAAGCGGUGACGGACACGGCAUCCUGUACCGCUACGGACACUUGCAGCUGUACAGUUGUCUACUUGAAAACUGCAAGAGCUGAUGAAACUGCGGAAUGCAGUGCUUUAAAGACCAAGAUGGACUGCCUUGUAACGACAACUGGUAUUGCAUGUGAUGGAACAGCCCGCCACACCUAUGCGGGUACUGUCAGUACAGCCAUGGAUGGUGUCACGUCCUGCCCUUCCACCUAUCCUUCUGGGUCUAUAUGCAAGGAUUGUGUGAUUCCAAUGGCAACAACAGCUGCAACAUGCGCGGCCUUGGAGACAUACUACCACUGUUUGUACACGGCGGCAGGCACUACCAGCUGUGAUGGUUCUAAAAAUAUAAAAACACUCGCCGAUGACCAAGCCACGCAAGAUAACUCUUUAUCAUGCAUUUCACCUCGCCGGGACGUGUGCACCUGUCAGGUCGCCUUCUUGAAAUCCACAGCUGCACUAUGCGACUCUCUAAAAGUUCUGAUGAACUGUCUGUGGGCUGGAACAGCUAAUGGUUGUGAUAAUACUGCCACGAGAAAUGCUGUGGCGACAACAGCUGAUGGGAAAAUAGAUACUUCAUGUAGAGGCACAUUAAGUGAUGUUUGUGUAUGCCAGGUCGCCUACGCCAAAGCGGACAUGACCUGCGACGCCCUGAUUGCACAGUUUGCAUGUCUGGAGAGCAAAACUGGAACAGGUUGUGAAGCAAGCAGAACCCUGAAACAGGUGGCUGAAGAAGGGAACACAAAGUUUGGAAGUGGAACGUGUUCAACGACAGACACAUGCGUAUGUCAGAAGGCGUAUUUGAUUGCCGACGUUAGCGGGGCAAACAAAUGCACAGAGACGGAGAAGAAGAUAGCCUGUUUGUAUGCAACAACAUCAGCGAGCUGUGAUUCCGCCGUCCCGAGAACGACCAUCAUGGCCAACACAGACAACACUUGCAGUAAAACAAGUAGCUGUUCCUGCCAGAGAGCAUACGGUAUUGACACAACCAGCGCCAAUGAGUGCACCGCCCAAAAAGGCGUGGUAACAUGUCUGAGGUCGACAACUGACACGGGAUGUACAGGAGAGGCUGCUUUCACCAAGACAAGAACUCAACUCGGCACAGAUCUAGAGACGUAUCUUACAUCAUCCACAUGUUCUGCGGGCUUGACUGACACCUGUCAAUGCCAGAUUGACUACGCCAAGGCAUCAGUGGAUCCAGCAGCCAACAAAUGCACAGCACUUGGGGCACUUAUUUUAUGUUUGGCGGGCAAGACUGCAAUGGCUUGUGAUGGAACCACGAAGCCUUCUGCGCUUGCCACAACAGCUCACAACGACAUGCAGACAGGAAGCUGCCCAAUCACGGACACGUGUUUGUGUCAGAUCACCUACGCUAAGGUGGAUGUCUCUAUCACAGCGAACAAGUGCCUGGGCCUCUUCGAUCAGAUGGAGUGCGUGUUCAAAUCGAUUGCAGUGGGAUGUGACGGAACUACGAAACGCAAGGCGGUUGGGGAGGGGUUGGUUACUGCCCUAGGAACCUGUUCCACUACUUCGGAUGUGUGUUCAUCCUGUAUCUACGCCUAUGCACGAGUGGAUGUAGAAGUUUCGUCUGACAAGUGCAGUGGUUUGGGCGCAUUCCUCCAUUGUCUAGACGGGAAGACGGCCGCGAGCUGCAAGUCUACGAGUCCAGAUUCAAUCGCUACAUUAGCGACCUAUGCCAAGACCGAAAUCACUAAAACUGGAUCCACUUGUGCCGCAUUAACAGACACAUGUGAGUGCCAGUACACUUUCCUCACCACCGCCAAUUCUGCUACAACUUGCAGUGAACAUGCCAAGAGAAUGGAAUGCAUUGUGAAAGCAACUGGGAUGGCUUGUGAUGGGUCAAGCCCGCGUUCAGUCUAUGCCACGAAUAUUGCCGAACCAAAACUACAAGAUGUCAGUGGUUGCAAACCCAGUUUGACUGAUACGUGCACAGCGUGCCAGGUCGUGUACGCUAAGGGAGCGAGUGAUACUCAGGCAAACAGAUGCGCUGCAUUGAAAUUGUACUUCCACUGCUUAGACUCCAAGACUGCCCUUAGUUGUUUCGGCUCCAAGUCUGUAACAACUCUUGCCGUUGAAGCCAACACACGUGCGACCAGCGACACCUGUACUCUAGGCGCAACAUGCCAAUGUCAAGCAACUUUCCUCAUGGCAGACAAAGCUACUACGGCAAAAACAUGCACUGCGAACAAGGACAAGUUGAGUUGUUUGGCAGUCAGUUUUGACGAUGCUUGUGAUGGUACAGCAACAAGGGACUCUGUAGCAGUUACAACAAAUACAGCUCUUGGAACGUGCGGAAGUUUAAACACAAUCUGCACUUGUGAGAAAACCUAUGCUGUUGAAGCUUUUACUGACGACACAGUGCAUUGCACUAACCUAAAGACUGCUGCAGACUGCUUGGAAGGUUUGUCCGGAGGAGGGUGUGGCACCACUGCCACUGCAGGCACAUUUGCUACAAGUGUUCUCGCGAAGAUAAACGCUAUAUCAUCAUGCGUACUUUCCGACACAUGUACGUGCCAAAUAGGUUUCAUCGCCUCUGAUGUCAGCACGCCUGUUUUGAAAUGCACGGCUCUUGAGAAGGAGGCAGGAUGUGUGUACGAGGCUACUGGUGCCUCUUGUGUCGCAACCGUCCCUAAAACAACCACGUUGGCAUCUGUUGGGUCAUCCAUCACCACAGCCUCUUGCACUGUGCCCAGCACAUGCUCAUGCCAGAUUACUUAUGGAAGUUCAACAGAUGCUGAUUGCACGAAGAAGUUUCAGCUGAUUGGAUGUCUACAAACGACAGCGGAUGAUGGAUGUAGGGGGCACACCACCGUACAGACGCGAACCCUUCUAGCUACAAGUGUUGAGAAUGCUGGCGCCUGUGUUAAAACCGCCGCAUGCACGUGUCAAAUCAAUUAUGCCAAGGCUGAUGUGACUGGAGCCAACAAGUGCACCGAACAGAAGAAGCUUGCUGUAUGUUUGGGAGCAACAACAACCGAUGGCUGCAAUGGAGGCAAUACUCACACCCUAGCUGCCACAGCGGUGGCGGUCAUCAAUGGCAUAGCUAGCUGUGCUCCUGCUGCCAUGGAGACGUGUAAAUGUGAACUGGAGUUUGCUGUUGCAGACAGGAGUAACAGCGCUGGCAUGUGCAGUGCGGCUAAGAAUCUCCUGCAUUGUCUGACGUUUACCACUGAUGCUGGAUGUACCCAAACUAGAACUGCCGUAGCUAAUGCUGCAAAGGCUGCUAUCGCUGCCCUUGAAAGUGCUUCCUCGGGAUCUUGUCCUUUAACAUCGAGCUGUACAUGUCAACAGACGUUUGUGACGGCCACCCCCUUCAGCAGCGAAAGCGAGAGAUGCUUGGAGUACAAGACGCUGGCUGUUUGUCUGGGGAACAACAACGAUGCGGCAUGUGAUGGUUCCACAAGCAAGAAUGCCCUUGUUACGUCGGUUGAAGCUAAAGCUAAAGCAAUCUCCAGCUGCAGCACAGGGCUCAGCGCAUCUACCUGUCAGUGUGAAAUCAACUACGCCAAAACUGAUACCAGUGACAAUCCCAAGAAGUGCAGCGCCUACAACACAAUGCUGACCUGCAUGUUCAGCUCUACCGGUGCCUCUUGUAUUGGAACGGCAAAGACCACGUUCGUGACGACAACCGAUGAUGCUGUGAAAUCAGGAGCACUGAGCUGUCCAGCUCAAACAGGAGAAUGUACCUGCACUGUGGCAUACGCCAAAAUAGACAUUGGCGCCGCCAGUAACGCUGACAAAUGCAGUGCUGCGCAAGACCUCCUGGGAUGUAUUAUUGGAAAGACGGGUACUGGUUGUGACGGAACGCAGGCAGCUGCAACCAUCCUGGCCACAGCUGAGAACGGCAUUGCACAAACCGUUGCAGCUGGACACAGCUGCGCGCUGAGCGAGAGUUGCAAGUGUGAAGUGACAUUCGGCAAAGCUGACACAACGAAUGAUGCUGCUAAGUGCUCUGCGAACAAGGACAAGUUGAGUUGUUUGGCAGUCAGUUUUGACGAUGCUUGUGAUGGUACAACAACAAGGGACUCUGUAGCAGUUACAACCAAUGCAGCUCUUGGAACAUGCGGAAGUUUAAACACAAUCUGCACUUGUGAGAAAAACUAUGCUGUUGAAGCUUUUACUGACGACACAGUGCAUUGCAAUAAACUAAAGACUGCUGCAGACUGCUUGGAAGGUUUGUCCGGAGGAGGGUGUGGCACCACUGCCACUGCAGGCACAUUUGCUACAAGUGUUCUCGCGAAGAUAAACGCUAUAUCAUCAUGCGUACUUUCCGACACAUGUACGUGCCAAAUAGGUUUCAUCGCCGCUGAUGUCAGCACGCCUGCUUUGAAAUGCACGGCUCUUGAGAAGGAGGCAGGAUGUGUGUACGAGGCUACUGGUGCCUCUUGUGUCGCAACCGUCCCUAAAACAACCACGUUGGCAUCUGUUGGGUCAUCCAUCACCACAGCCUCUUGCACUGUGCCCAGCACAUGCACAUGUCAGAUUACUUAUGGAAGUUCAACAGAUCCUGAUUGCACGAAGAAGUUUCAGCUGAUUGGAUGUCUACAAACGACAGCGGAUGAUGGAUGUAGGGGGCACACCACCGUACAGACGCGAACCCUUCUGGCUACAAGUGUUGAGAAUGCUGGCGCCUGUGUUAAAACCGACGCAUGCACGUGUCAAAUCAAUUAUGCCAAGGCUGAUGUGACUGGAGCCAACAAGUGCACCGAACAGAAGAAGCUUGCUGUAUGUUUGGGAGCAACAACAACCGAUGGCUGCAAUGGAGGCAAUGCUCACACCCUAGCUGCCACAGCGGUGGCGGUCAUCAAUGGCAUAGCUAGCUGUGCUCCUGCUGCCAUGGAGACGUGUAAAUGUGAACUGGAGUUUGCUGUUGCAGACAGGAGUAACAGCGCUGGCAUGUGCAGUGCGGCUAAGAAUCUCCUGCAUUGUCUGACGUUUACCACUGAUGCUGGAUGUACCCAAACUAGAACUGCCGUAGCUGAUGCUGCAAAGGCUGCUAUCGCUGCCCUUGAAAGUGCUUCCUCAGGAUCUUGUCCUUUAACAUCGAGCUGUACAUGUCAACAGACGUUUGUGACGGCCACCCCCUUCAGCAUCGAAAGCGAGAGAUGCUUGGAGUACAAGACGCUGGCUGUUUGUCUGGGGAACAACAACGAUGCGGCAUGUGAUGGUUCCACAAGCAAGAAUGCCCUUGUGACGUCGGUUGAAGCUAAAGCUAAAGCAAUCUCCAGCUGCAGCACAGGGCUCAGCGCAUCUACCUGUCAGUGUGAAAUCAACUACGCCAAAACUGAUACCAGUGACAAUCCCAAGAAGUGCAGCGCCUACAACACAAUGCUGACCUGCAUGUUCAGCUCUACCGGUGCCUCUUGUAUUGGAACGGCAAAGACCACGUUCGUGACGACAACCGAUGAUGCUGUGAAAUCAGGAGCACUGAGCUGUCCAGCUCAAACAGCAGAAUGUAUCUGUACUGUGGCAUACGCCAAAAUAGACAUUGGCGCCGCCACUAACGCUGACAAAUGCAGUGCUGCGCAAGACCUACUGGGAUGUAUGACUGGAAAGACGGGUACUGGUUGUGACGGAACGCAGGCAGCUGCAACCAUCCUGGCCACAGCUGAGAACGGCAUUGCACAAACCGUUGCAGAUGGAUACAGCUGCGCGCUGACCGAGAGUUGCAAGUGUGAAGUGACAUUCGGCAAAGCUGACACAACGAAUGAUGCUGCUUACUGCUCGGCUGGCUUGAACUACUUUGCUUGCCUCAGCGUUGCGACGGACGUCGGCUGUUCUGGAACCACCAACGCUGCACUUACGACAGCUUCCUUGGCAAAGAUUACUACCAUAAAUGGCUGUGCGCUGCCUGACACGUGUCAGUGUCAACAGACGUACACCACUAACGUCGCCGCUAAUUCAACUCAAGACUGCAGAUAUACGAUGAAUGCCCUGUCCUGCCUGUCUGCGACGACAUCAAAAAGUUGUGACAAUACGCAGACACAGUCAGAGGUUGCCAAUGGAUUUCAAACAAGGCUGGCCGGCCUAACGUCAGGGUCACCAUCCUGCUUCCAGACAGAGACCUGCAAGUGCCAGGUUGCGUAUGCUACAAGCGACACCACGUCAACAGCAAACAAGUGCACGGCUGGCAGAACGUUCAGCACGUGUCUCAGCAGUAUACAGAAUGACCAGGAUGUAGGCUGUGAUGACGUCACCCAGAAACAGUACCUGGUGCAAGGCCACGUCAGCCUCGUUCUACAAGCAUGUCGCGGAUGCUGCAUUUCACAUCCUUCAGUGGCAAUCAUACUCAUCUUGGCAAUCGCGACGUUGCUGUGGAAAUACUAAACCGGAAGUGACGCCACAUAGUUAUCGGAUAUGCAUUCUCAUAAAGGACAAUGGCAGUGAUAAUGGCCCCAGUAUUGACUGAUUGUACUUUUAACAAUCGAUUGUUUGUGAAGCAAUUCAUAUUUUUACAUUGGCACAAAUGUUUACCAUCUAAAAAUGUGUGUAUGGUAAUAUAAUUACUCUAAUUGAGAAGCACAUUACUUCGGUCAUUUUAUUUAUCCCAAAAUAAUAACGCAACUUUAGUUAAUUUCGACGAUGAUCAGUGAUCUAAUAUUGUUAUUUCCUGUACCUCUUUUACAAAGAAAAAUAUCUUUUUUUAUUUUCCUUUCGCGGUCUAAUAUGUGUGGUGUGGAAAAAAGUAUUUGUGAAAUAGUGUUAAUUCUAUUGUGUAUUUGUAUAUAGUGACUGUAAAAAUCCAACCUCGUGUGUAGAUAUACAUAUGUACAAAGUAUAUCAUGUACUUUAACAUGGAAUUACCAAACCAAUACAUUAACAAAUGACAAGUUACAAUGGUAAAAUAUAGUAUUUUUGCAUUUAUAAAACUUUAUGUAUCAAGACAAGAACAUGCCAACUUAAAAAGAUUUUUUUUUUCUAUCAGUUUCAAAUCUUUUCUUGAAAAACACGCCUUAUGCACUCGUCUUGCUGCUGAGCAUUAACGAUGCGUGAUAACUCCUAAAGCAGAUGUAUAGCUGUUCUCCUAUAUACACUUACCUAACCAUCCGUCCAGAAGGUGAAGCUUCAGCAGUAUUCUGUUCUGUGAUACCGGCAUGUAUUGAUGCAAGUCCAGCUGAGUCUGAUGCUAUUUGCAUCUUUUAAUGCUGCAAAUAUUUCCUCCGUUAUGACCAAUAUACAUUAAUGUUCUACACAUUUUCCAAUCCGAUCCGAUGUUAUAUCCGUCCUGGGAAUGUUACAUAUGUUAUUAAGUUAAUGUUAUUUGUGUUUUAAAGUCGUAUUGUGAACUAUUUUCCUAUUCAUGUAUUCAGAGAAUGUCCAAGAUUAAAAAUAAGACUCCAUAAGGGAGCGACCAUUUCAUAUCCGAUCGGAGGACUGGGACUGUCUGUGGUUUUAUCGAAAAAAUUAAUUGUUCCAGAAAAUUCUUGAAAACAAUGAUUAUGCUUCGGACUGUUGAAAAAGAAAAAUUGUCUGCCACAAAAAUGACAUUUUUGCCAAGUGUGUUUCUUAAAUAAAUCAUUCAGGCUACCUCCAAUAUGAAAUGGUCGGCACCUAAGUGAAAAAAUGUUAUUGAGAUAAAGCCUUACGAUCUCACAAUAAUGGUGUUAAUAUAAUAUGUCAAUGAAACGAAGUGUAUCAAAAUAGUAUGAUCAAUUUUCCAAUGUGGAACUUUUGAGAAACAAUAAUAAACUUGUUUGGGAGUCAGGCGCUAGGGCUUUAUGUCAAAUACGAAUUUUACCUGUAAACAAUAGUCUGUAGAGAGAAGCCUUACACCCGUGACUGUUGCAAUGUUUGCUGAUAGAUUAGCAACUUCCAAAGGGUUGAUUAAAACAAAUGCAAAUUUAAAAAUGAACAUAUUAAAUCCAUUUAAAUGAUUAUGGAAUCAUUCUUUUGAAAUUAAUUGUAUCGUGAUUAAAGUUAAUUUUGUAAUUAAAUUAUUCAUAUGUACGUUGUUGUUGGUACGUUACGAUGUACAUCCCCGGUAAACGUGUUAACAGCUUUAACACUGACAUUCCAUAUAUUAUACUGUGGCAGUCUCGAAUGACGUGAUCACUGAGGCAGUCAUUGUUGCAAUGUUUUCAUUCAAAUAAACUUUCUCUUUCAUA